AGUCCUCGUUCAGGGUGGUGUAAAUUUUAAUAAUAGAUACGUUAUUUAUGACUUUUCAAGGUCGGAAAACCUCGGUGCGGUUUUGUUUACGUUUGAAAUAGUUUAUUGAAUCGUCCGUUAUAUUUCGGUGUUUGUUUUGCUAAAUCUAAUCAUCGGUACGACAAGGAACCUCCCUCCACUACCCGAACGAAGCGCUUCCUUCCCUUAAUUAAAAUAGACCGUAAUUUAUAUAUAUCCAAACGUAGAAGCUGAAAAUUGAAUGAAAAACCUCGGAAUCAAUGAGCUCGCGGCAUAGGAGGAGGAGAGGAGUCCCGACCUUAACUACCAACUAUUAUAAGGUCAUUGGCCAGCCGUUGCAUUUCUAGCAAAAGACGUCUCGGUCCUAUACCCAGUAAGCGUGAUGCUCUCUGUUACGUCGCCCGUUAGAUUACGUGAACGAAAUUCGGUCGUUUAACGCGGUUGUGAUACAUCCCUCCAUCUAGUUCACAGGGUAGUACGUUGUUUUGUAGUUUUUAGUGUGAUCCUUAAUAACAAUGUCCCGUACACGAAGGGCUUCCAAUCGCGGUUCGCGCUGAUGUCGUUUUUAGUGUUCGAAUUGCGAUUCGGGUUCGGUACGAUGGAGGUGACCUGAUACGGGGAUAGAAAGAUGGGAGAGGAUAAUCUCAGGAGGUUGAGUGGAGCGUUCGAUCCACUGUCGAGGCUGGGAGAGCUUACCAGGUUAUCCCAAUCUACUCCUUCAUCCCCGCGGCUCUUGCCUCGCAGAGCCCGCGACGCCGCGUCAUCGGCGUCCACCAUACCCCGCGAUCACUUCGACAGCGGACAAGGUUCCUCGACCGAUGGCGCCUCCGUCAACUGGUACGAACGAUGCCUGGAACUGCAGCUUGAGUUGCAGAGGUGCAGGACCCAAGCGACGCGAACGAGAGACAUGCUCAGAGAGAAGCUUUCCGAAUUGGAGCAACGGGUUUUGGAAGCAGAGGGAAGAGCUGAGGAAGCAGAGGAUAAGGUACGAAUAAUGGAACAAAAGCUAGCAUGGUCAGCUCAAAGUGACACGAACAGCGCCCAGAUACAUCGGCUAGAGGGCGAAGUGGAAGAACAGCGGCAGCUCCGCCUCCAAGACGCCCGGCAAGUCGAAGCCAAGGCCGCCCGCAUCAAAGAAUGGGUCACGAAUAAGCUCAAAGAACUCGAACAGCAGAACCAGCACCUUAGGGAGCAAAAUAUCAAGUGCAAUCAGCAGUUGGAACUGCUGCGAAAUCAUUUGGCUUUGGCAGAUCGGAGAAGGUCGGAAAGCUGUUCUCCCGAACCCAGACAACUACCUCUAUCAACCACGUCAUCAUCUCGAACGGCGAGGCAUCGUAGACACCAGUCGGUGUGUCUGUCGACCAACACCAACUUUGAACCCGUCGUACCCAGCACAUUAGUAACCAGCGUCAAUUUCGGCACUACGAGCAACUCUAGCAUGGACCCGCUGACUGAUGAGCUGAGAGCUGCGGUCGACAAUCUUAGCGUUGGCAGGAUACCGAGCAGUAGUGCCAGUGAUCCAGACCUAGCCCAUGAUUACGCAGAAAUUUACACCCCAAGCCGCGAGAAAGUGACUUGGCCACGAGCUCCCACUCCGCCCCUGCACAGGUUUCCCAGUUGGGAGGAUAGAAUAUAUCAGGUGGCAGCUGACGGCCUAACUCUGACCGGUACCACACCUAGUGAUAUCGGACCGGAACAGGCCGGUUACCAAGACAUUCCAGUACCCGUAUACGCUACCGUUAAAGGGCGAGCUAGUCAGAUAAGGUCGAUGCCCUUUACGGGAGAUUCUUCAGACGAUUCGAGUGACGGUGAAGGCAACAAUACGGGAGGAGUGGAUGGUGGUACGCAGACCCAUAGCAGAAGUUCUGGCGAGACUUCCGGUUCUAGUCCAGGAAAACGGACAGGUUCCAGCAGUAGCGGGUCGCCCAGCAAAAGCAAAACCAGAGAUACAUCAUUCGAGUCAGGAAUGUCUGAUGACUACGCCGUACCGCCGGAUGCUUUGAGUUGCGAUACGACUAGUCUAGAGUCAUCCAUGAUGUUGCGGACGUCGUUCCUCGACAGUCCGAAGAGGAUAGAGAGCUUGGAGAAGAGUGGGUCUUUAGCGAAAUUGGGCGGAAAAUUGAAAACGUGGCGUAAAAAAUGGUUCGUUCUCAAGAACGGCGUGCUGACCUAUUACAAGAGCCAAAGCGACACCAACAGGAAACCCCAAGGUCAAAUAGUGCUCGACGAGGUGUGCAAAAUAACAAGAGCGGACGGCUCCAACACGUUCGAAAUCGACACUGGGAAAAAAACUUACUACCUUACCGCCGACACCAUUACCGCCAUGGAGGACUGGGUGAGGAUCUUGCAAAACGUCCAACGCAGAAACGCCACGAAGAUACUCCUCAGCAAAGAAGAAAACAAACCCUCCGUCCAAGGUUGGUUGACAAAAGUGAAAAAUGGCCACGCCAAGAAGUGUUGGUGCGUGCUAAUCGGGAAGAUGUUUUUGUAUUUCAAGUCGCCAUCCGAUAUGACGCCCCACGGCCAGAUCAACAUGCGGGAGGCUAGAGUGGAGGAAGUCGAGCACCUAUCCGACUCAGAUUCAGAGGAACGAGACUCCGAGCAACCGGAUCUUACGAUCGGAAUUUUUCCGAACAAUUCGGGACCCACUUACCUGCUCUGUCCCGGGAAACAAGAAAAGGACGCCUGGCUGUACCACCUGACGAUAGCGAGUGGCGGCGGCCCAAACACAGGUACCCAAUACGAGCAACUGAUUCACAAACUGAUGGAGGUGGACGGAGAUCCCAACUGCGUACUGUGGCGACACCCCGUGCUUCUCCACGUGCCUUGCACCAAAGAUGGCGCCGUUCCUUCGUAUUUUCCGUUGACGAGUUUGCCUUCGGAAUCGCUUCAAGCAGAGGCCAUCAAACUCUUCAAGUGUCUACAAUUAUUCGUUUCUGCGGCUGUUGAUCAAGCCGGUAUCGAUUAUCACGUGAUCCUCGCACAGAACGCUCUCCAGCAGUGUCUCGACACACCCGAACUGCAGCCAGAGCUCAUCUGUGCGCUCGUCAAGCAGACAAGCAAAAGCGCUGCGUUGCCAAAGUUGGGAGUGCAGGUACCCACCCAAAAAUUGCUUAAAAAGAGCCAACUGCUUCUCUGCGCGACGCAAAGUCUGUUUACGUGCGAAACCAACGCGCCGAGUAUAAACAGUACGAUAUCUGAUGAUCAAAUCGCAUUGUCCAAUAUACAGGCCGCCCAGGAAGAAAAGUACAAGGAGCAUAAGGAGUGUUUCAAGGAGCAUAGAGAUCCUAAAGCGCCACCCGCUUACACUCUGCUGCAAGGAUGGCAGCUGUUGGCGCUUACCGUUAGUCUUUUUGUGCCCAAAUCGUCGAAACUUUUGUGGUUUCUGAAACUGCACCUUAACAGGAACGCAGACAACCGAACCGAGUGCGGCAAGUACGCCGCUUAUUGCGAGAGGGCGCUCGAGCGGACUAUUGUUGCAGGUGGCCGUGAACUAAAACCAUCCAGGAUGGAAGUGCUAAGCAUCCUGCUGAAAAACCCGCAACACCAUUCUCUACCUCACUCGAUGCCCGUCCACCUCAUGAACGGAACAUACCACAUUACAAGCUUCGACGGUUCGACGACCAUCAAAGAGUUUCAAGACUCGUUGGCUCACGAAAUCGGGUGUCGGAUGAACAACGGCUUCGCCCUCUUCAGCGACGAUCCAAUCGAGAAAGAUCUGGAACACACGCUGGACCCCCACGCCAAAUUAUGCGACCUGAUAUCGAAAUGGGAGAUAGCGUUGAGGGAGAAAGGUCUAGGAAAGUUCGAAAACAGCAAAGUGAUCCGGCUGACGUACAAGAACAGGUUGUGGUGGAAGAACAGCGCGAGGUUGGAGACCGACAAGGAACGCCUCCUUUUGUGCUAUCAAGUCAACAAGCAGAUAGUAACCGGGCGGUUUCCUUUGAGCCGCGAGCUCGCUCUUGAAUUGGCGGCAUUGAUGGCCCAACUGGACGUCGGGGAUUGUUCUUUGGGUUCCAACAAGAACACUCUAUCUAGUCAGGGCACUUCGGCAAACAUAAAACAAAGUCCAAAGUCUACAAUUAACGGCACUCUGAGCCCUCAGGGUUCGAUACAGAACAGCGCGACGUUGAGCGCUUUGAACAACGUCCAGGGCAUUUUGGCCGCGCAUUCCAAUCAAGCGCUCAAUGCGAUCGAUAAGUUUUACCCGUACAGGUACAGGGACCAACUGAACACUGACGGUCUCGCAGAACUCCAAGCGAAAUUGUUGGCGAAAUGGAGGGCCCUCAAAGGCAGGACGCAACUAGAUUGCGUAAGGAUCUACCUGACGUGCACGAGAAAGUGGCCGUUCUUUGGAGCUACAUUGUUUCAGGCGAAAAUGAGUCAGCAUGAGUCACCGAUGAUAUGGCUCGCCGUCAACGAAGAUUCCAUCACGGUCCUAGAUCUGGCGACGAUGCAGCAACGCGUUCGUUAUCCGUACACCAACGUACUCACCUUCGGUGGUUGCCAGGAAGACUUCAUGCUCGUGGUGACCCAAAACGACCAGCAACCGUCUCAGAAACUUAUAUUUUCGCUGAGCAAGCCGAAAAUCCUCGAGCUCACCCUGCUGAUAGCCGACUACAUGAAUUUACUGAUCAACAAUCCGGGAACGCCCCUUCUCGGGACACUGAGCAGAGGUACAAUGGUGUCGGUUAACCAAUCCAUCGUUAACCAGUCGAUCAUCAGUCAAACGCUCGCCAACCAAACGCAGCCCGAUAUUUUGAAGUCAACGCCUGACCACGGCGUCCAGAGAUGCGAUUCGAAACGUCGAACUCACAUAGAUUCAGGUCUGGCGUGAUAACGGCCUCGCGAGCUACAACACCCGUUUUAUUUUUUUGUUGUGAUUUUUUUUGUCCGACAGCUUUUUUCGUGCCAGAGAGAUGGAUGUGAUGCGUGUCUGUGUGUAUAUAUUUCGAUGGGACCGUGUAAAUAUGGCUUGUGUGUUUUGUUUUUCUCUUUCCAUCAAACGGUUUUAUAUUUGUUUUUUUUUGUUGAAAAAAUCUUAAUUCCACAAUUUGCAGCUAAUCCUAAAUGAACCAUUUCUAUUAUUAAAUUGUACGGAGCACCGUCAUCAGCGAUGAAUAUUUUGUCCCUCAGUUUUAUGUUUUCUCCAUUUCGACAGAAUCUUUAAUUUGAUUUGAGCUUCUACACGUUAUCACAGUCAUACCCCUACGAUAUGUAUUAUAGCAUGUAUAGUUUGUAGGUUAGGUUAUUUUAUAGACGAUUUUUGGCCCGAAAAUUGUUUAAUACUAGUCCAUCAUUAUAUUUUUAAAAUUUAUUAUUCUUAACGAGUGUUGACAAUAUGAUAUAGAUAUGUAUGGUUACCAUUUUUUUUUGUUUUUCGAUUUUGAUAUUAAUUCGUACCUAACGCCAUAUUAUUUUGGAUUGUGUUUUUUUACUGUCCCUUGAAUAUAU